AUGGUGGACAGCGAUCGACACAUUAGAUCUGAUUUUCAACAACAAUCCACCGCGUGUGUUUGUGCAGGUUUCCGAGACUGGGUUCCUAAGGAGCUGCAGCGGGUCGGCUGCGUGGAGCUGCUCAACACGGUCCAGAAGAGGGUGCGACCCAAACUCCAUGCCUUCGGAGGCAUACACGAAGGCUACGGGAUCAUGACAGACGGCUACACGACGUUCAUCAACGCGUCGACCUGCACCGUCAGCUUCCAGCCCACCAACCCCCCCAUCGUGUUCGACCUGCCCAACCCCUCCAGCUCCUGAGACCAGAGGAACGGGGGGUGGGGGAGGAAGGGUUCACAGGGGGGCAGAGGACAAACUACUUUUGUUUUUGUUUUUCUAUAAAUAUGUCAAGUUAAAAAAAAAAAAAAAAAUUCUAAGUGUUUCUUUGCAAACUUUUGGUCUUCUCCGAGCUGUCGUUGGGAUUGAGAAGAUUUGGAGAGGUGGGGCGGGGUGGGGAGUUCGUCUGGGAGGGUUAAAGGAGAAUACCGGUGAUUUAUUUCUUUUCUAUUUGUGCCAACAAUGCUGGUCCGCCCUCUCAGACUUUUGUUCUUUCUGCACACUCGGUGUAGUUGCAGAUAUCAGGAGCUUAGAUCUGAAAAAUACAACGUCCACAAAGAUUAAUCCAUGAAGAAACUUCGUCUUUUCAUCCUGAUUUUUGUGAUGCAGAGCUGAGCAGUUUUUAUAUCGGUGCUAUUCAACGUUACGGUCUGCUUCCUGUUAAUCGCCACAGGAAGAAAUGGAAAACUCAUCCAGGAAACAAUCCCUCAAAAAUAUGUUGCCAUAGUGCAGAAUGCCAGAAAAGAGCCAGUUUUAUUUUCUGCAUCAUGACAAAGAUAAUUUAAUUUUUUUGGAUAACUUCACGAUCACAGAAAAACAAAACGUGAGAAAUAUUUACACUCUCGUCCUCCACGGCCUUCCGUAACUUUAGUACCAUCACAUCUGCGUGUGUUCGGUUUAUAUUUAAACAAACAAGAACAUUUAAGUCUAAAUAAAUGCCGAAUGUGGUGCAAAUUUCUGACAGGGGAUGUAAAAAUGAGCUACGAGUGGCACCGGUAUUCUCCUUUUUUUUUCAGAGGGAUUUUGUGGUUAAACAAUCUUGCUCUUGAUAAAUAUUGGUCAGAUCUGUAAGAUAAAUAAUGCUUUGUGAAUUUGUACAAUUUCUCUGUUUGGUUUGCAUUGGCCGGACAAUGGAUGCCAUUGUUUUAUGUUGUAUCAUCUGAUAUUUUGUGUUUUAGGUUGUUUUUUUUUUUCUCGUCAGUUCCUCUUUUCUUAUUGGCUGACAGGGACGCUGCCUUAAACUAGCUUUAAUGUUCUCAGCUAGAGCCCCACUCUCUGCGAGCUCAGAGAAAAAAAGUCCUUAUUUAUUACCCAUCAUCCCCGCAAAAAAACACCUGACUAACGCAGGGACAGAAAGCUAUCAAAUUGCAACCUGAAAAAUUUAACUUUGUAACAUCCCAUUAUGGACUUCUGAUCUAAUUUGGAAAAUGUAUGUAUAAAAUAUAUAUAUAUAUAUAUAUAUUAUAUAUUCAUGUUGUAAAACAUCUGUACUAAAAGUUGUGUUUGACGAAAAAAAUAAAAUCUGGUGCUUUUUUUUUUUUCUCCUGUAUGCACCUGAUGUAUGAUUGACAUGUUUCUUUAAUCCUCCCAUCAGAUGCUCUUCAGAGGUUUCUUUCAUGUCUUUUGUAUCUCCCAGUAGGGCAGACAUUCAUUUUGGAUGAGAGAGGAAAAAUUUGUCAGAGUCACAAUCCAACAGGUGCUGGUUGUUCCCAACAACACACCUGCCUAAACAUGGUUAAGUUGUCCUUUUUAAAGUGUAAAUCUGAUAGUAUUUGUGUUUUAUUGCUUUUUUUUUCUUCUAAUUUUGCACUGUGUGUAAAUGCAAUCUUGCUAGCACAAAAAAAAAAUGUUGCCAAUAGUUGUCUCAACUUUGCCGCUGUAAAUGCUCUUUCUGUGCUCUGUUCCUCUCUCGCUCUUUCUCUGAUUGUAUCCCUCUUCAUGGAAAUGUUAGUUCUCUCUUUCAGUUUAUUGUGAUAUAUUUAGCUGCCUUUAUAUGCAAAUAAAAUUGCAAGAUUUUUACUUA